AUGGAUUCCAGCACCUCACAAGCAUGGCCCAAGUCCACAAGACUUGGCAAAUGCGUCUCUCGCAGCCUGCCUCGCCGUGUAAGCACGAGCAAGCGGGCCCAGACUACAGCUGUCCCUCUCAUACGCCACCCGAACAGCCUCCCUCUCAGCAUCUUCUGCAGACACAUGACUCUUUUUGCCGGCACUGCUACUUUGCCGCCUGACACUUUCACCCCGCUCGACGACAAAACCAGAACCGGAACCAGAACCACCCGGGCCCAGCCCGCGAAAUGCCUCCUCGACCAACCGCAUCUCCAUCGACAACCUAUCCCGCACCGCCAGCUCCGUCCGGUGAGCCCUCGCCAUCUUGUCCAAAUCUUGCUGCAGCGGCCUGUAGCCCAUGGUGAUGUAGACGUCGGCGGCGCAGACGGGGUGCGCGUUGUUGUUGGCAAAGUAGUGGCUCUCAAUAGCGUUGCCGAUGGACACGUGGAGACGCGGCUUGAUAAAGACCCAGAAGCCGCGCGCCGUCGCCGAGCCCAUGUCCUCGUACCGGCAGCGGCAAGACGACCACAUCUUCUUCCUGCUGCUGCUGCUGCUGCUGCGACUACUUCCGCUCCCGUCGCUUCUGCGCUGCAAGGCCUCAAGCUGCUCCAGCUCCUGCACGCGGCGCUUCUGGAGCUGCUCCAUCGCCUGCAGCCACUCUCUCAGCGUGGGGCCGUCGACGAGGUCGUAGAGCCCGUACUUGCUCCCCCUCAUGACGAACAUGAGCUUUGCACGGAGCAGAUUCCGCUCGUCGUCGUGGUCGAGCAGGAUCCCGGUCCAGAGCCUGAGGAGGUGACUGUCGAGCGACGGCGGGUCGUGGCCUCCCAUAGCCUCGAGCGUCUCGCUCUCGACGGCAGCCAUCUCAGCGGCGUGCGUGUGCCUCAGCUCCGCGAGCCGCUCCGGGGUCAGCAUCCUGGCAACCUCGCACGCGGGCAGGCGGCUCUUUUGAUAGGCGUACCAAAGGCCGAGAAUCUGAGCCAUGCAGCCUUCGCAGAUGAUGGUGCAGCCGCCGCCGCCGCUACUCUUGCAGUCGCGGAGUCUCCUGUUGAGACCCACGACGUUCCUAAACUCGGGGAUCUCGGCGUCGCCCAUGACCUCGUACAGCCAGGCCUCGCUGCUGGUGACGACGGCGCCCUCGGCCCUCAGCCUGGCCAGGGCGAGCGGCACCUCCUCGCUGUUGCAGCUGCUGACGCCAUCGGCGAGCACGUAGACGCCGUGCCCGGCGCCGAGGAGGUCGAGCGCCGUCUGCGUCACGCAGAUGUGGCUCUCGAUCCCGACCAGCGCCACCGUGACCCUGCCGCUGCCGUUGCCGCCCACGAGGUCGCGCGCCGCCAGCGUCCGCUGCACCGACGGCGUCCACAUGGAGAAUUUCGUCUUGUCCGAGUGCUCUCGCACCAGCGGGCCUGCCGCCGUCAGGAGCUCGUCCAGCUCCGGCACCGUCGGCCCGAGCUUGGCCCGGUUCUGCGUCGUCGCGUAGAUGGGAAUGGAGAGCAGCUGGGCGGCCCGAAUGACCUUUUGGCUCCUUGGGCCGCCGUCGUUGCCAUGUCCGCAGCUCCGAGAUGUAUUGGCGGGGCACUGCUGGCACGCGUCGUGUGUCUGGCGGCUGCAAGUGACAUCAAGGCUGCUCCGUUUCUCAACAUUGGCUGA